CUACGCCUCUUACAAUGGCCUCACCAUUAAAAUAAACUACGCAUACAUCUCACUAAGUUAACAUACAUUGAACUUGAUAUAAAUAAAGAAUUUUAUAAUAAAUUCAUGCAACUAUCAUUAUUAAGAACUGAAAAUGGUAAAAUCAAAUAACCAAGAAGAUGACGAUGGAAGCGUGAAUGAUUCAUCUUAUUUGCGAUCGGGAUCGGAAAACCAAAAUUCCCAGAUUGAUUAUAAGAAUGCUUCCAAAGGACCCCAGAUCAAGGCAGCAAUUGCAGGCGCCAUUGGGGCUUUUAUUUUAGGGAAUAUUAUCGGUUGGUCUUCUCCUGUUCAGCCACAACUCCAACAGAAUUCCACUGAAAUUUUCAACGAAACUAGCAGCAGUGAUUGGAUAGCGCACAUUAUUCUGGAUGACAAUCAAAUGUCGUGGGUUGGCUCAUUGCCAAAUUUGGGAGCUCUGUUUGGUGCUCUAGGCGCAGGUUUUCUGAUGGAUAAAUUCGGACGGCGGUUUGUACUUAUGACAAUGUCUCUACCUUAUCUGUUCGCCUGUCUACUAUUAGCAGCUGCUGCAAAUCCUGGAAUGCUCUACGCCGGUCGUUUUAUUGGCGGAUUUGCUGGAGGAAUUUGUUCGGUCGUUUCGCCGACCUAUUUAAGAGAAAUUACGAUGCCCACUCUAAGAGGAAUACUUGGCAUGUUCUUUUCUACAUUUGUGUGUAGCGGCAUUUUAGUAACAAGUUUAAUGGGUUGGUUGAACUGGCGUCUCAUUUCUGCCAUCUCUGCCAUUUUUCCUGUAAUACUUUUUGCUGCCAUGUUCUUUGCACCAGAAUCACCAUACUAUUUAAUAAAAGCAGGUAAAAAAUUCGAAGCUCAAAAAGCGCUUAAACGACUGAGAGGAAUCAAAUACAACAUUGGCCCUGAAAUAAAUCAAUUGGAAGUUCGAUUAAAUAAGGAACUUGCUGAAAAAUCCAGCCCAUCUGAUUUGAUAAAACCCUGGGCUCUCAAGCCUUUGAUAAUAGCCGUCAGUUUAAUGAUAUUCCAACAGUUGUCGGGUAUAAACGCGGCUGUGUACAACUCAGUGGCAAUUUUUGAAUCAGCCGGUUCAACACUUGAUAACUUAGUUUGCGCCAUUCUUCUCAACUUGGAUCAACUCGUUGUCACUGUCGCUUCAUCAUUGCUGGUUGAGCGGCUAGGCCGGAGAACUUUGUUCGUCCUGUCUGAGCUGACGAUGUGCAUUUCCCUUUUCGGUUUGGGCACUUUCUUUUACCUGAAAGACAAUCCGGAAACGGAUCCGGCUCUCGUCGAAUCUCUCGGCUGGUUGCCGUUGGUGUCUUUAAUUCUCUUCAUAGGCGCUUUCGGCAUCGGAGCUGGCCCUGUUCCGUGGCUGAUGGCCGGCGAAUUACUUCCGGACAAAGUUAAAGGUCCUGGCGUCUCGAUCGCCACGUUCACCAACUGGUUUCUGGCUUUUGUCGUGACUAAAACAUUCGUUAACAUUCAAAGUGCUAUUACCAGCGCAGGAGCGUUUUGGAUGUUCGGUGUUUGCUGUGUCAUCGGGUCGUUAUUCGGUUUAUUUAUUUUACCGGAGACCAAAGGCAAAACUCAAGAAGAAAUCCAAUCUCUGUUUAAUAAAAAAAAGUAAAAUUAUUGGUCUACCUCUACCACCAUAACUCUGUUUGCUAUUCAUCAGAUAGAGAAAUAUGUGUUUAAAGUAUCGGCUGUUGUGCCUUUCAACAUAACUGUCUCAAAUGAUAAAUUAAACUGAUUGAAUUCA